UUUUCAAAUUAAAAAAUAACUUUUAUCUAUUAAAACUUUGUUAAUAAAUAAUACUAUUAAAUUUCUAAAGUAAAAUUACGAUGAAUUCAAUUACUAAUAAGAAAAACUCUUCUUUACUAUCCUAGCUUUAAUACAUAAAUCUCAAGUAACUAUAAAAGAAAAUUUUCUCUGAAUUACUCUUCCAUUUUUUGAAAAAACAAGAACCAAGAUUUAAAUCGUGAUAUUUAACCGAUGAUGAAUAUG